AUGACAGGAGGAGGAGUUUGGCUGGAGAGCCAAUUCCUGGCGAGAACCCAAGCAGGCAGCUCUAGUGGUUUCACUGGCUCAUGGAUGACGGCCAGCACAAUGCUGGAGGCCGUGCCUGUUCCCACUCCCACUGUCUCUGUUCCCAGCACCAAGGACACUGCCAAGAAGCGGGAGGCGGCGAGCAGCUCCAAAGCCCACAAACCCACGGGGCCCCGAGUCACCGAGCUAAUGACCAAGGCUGUGUCUGCCUCCAAGGAGCACAAGGGGCUCUCCUUCACCACACUCAAGAAGGCACUGACCGCGGGUGGCUACGAUGUGGAGAAGAACAGCAGAUGCAUCAAGCUGGACAUCAAGAGUCUGGUCAGCAAGGGCAGCCCGGUGCAGACCGAGGGCACCGGCACCUCCAGCUCUUUCAAGCUGAACAAGAAGCUGGGUGAGACAAAAGAAAAGGCACCAAAGAAAAAGCUGGCUGCCAAGCCCAAGAAGCCGGCAGCCAAGAAGCCCAAGAAAGCAGCGGCAGUGAAGAAGAGCCCCAAGAAGGUGAAGAAGCUGGCGGCCGCAGCAACCAAGAAAGUGGCCAAGAGUCCCAAGAAAGCCAAAAAGUCUGGCAGCCUCAAAAAGACAGCCAAGAGCCUGGCUAAGGCAAAAGCAGUGAAGCCCAAAGCAGGAAAGCCUAAGGCAGCCAUACUGAAAGCGGCCAAGGCAAAGAUGGCCAUGCCAAGAAAGAUGACUGAGAGAAAUGAGAGCCUACUCAUUUAA